AUGACACUAGUAUUGCCUUUAGUUUCGACUGGUAAUGUUCCACAAUUGACUGUAGAUUUAAUAUUACAUUCCUUUGAUGAUGAUUUCCAUUUUGUAGAAGAUUUGGAUUCUAAAUACUUACAUCCUUUUGUUGGUCCCUUAGAUCAUACUUUCGAUUCUAAUAAUGACACAAGUAACAAUAAUUCUCCAUCUCUUUAUAGUUCAUCCCUUACGGAUAUAAAAAACCAAAGGCCAAAAUUAUACUCUUCUGCCUUAGAAUUGUUUUCUAAUAAAGACAGGUCAGUUUAUAUUCUUCAACAAAGAACUCCAAUUAUACAAGGCUAUAUAAAUAACUUUAUCAUUGAGGUGUUGAGCCCCUUGAUUAAUAGACUGAAGAUUAGAAAAUUGUCUAUACUAGAUUCUUACGGUGUAUUCGAUACAAAUAUUGUUACUAGUUUUCGAAUGAAUAAUAGUAACAACAACGAUACUAAUAAUAACCAUUACCUCACGAGUGCUAUUUCUAAUACCAUAUCUACUAACACCGCUACCAACAUAUCUAUUGGCACUUGCAAUGUCAAUUCAAUAAAUGAUAUAACAUCAAACUUCCAACAAUCGUUAAAUCUAAAAUUCGAUUCCAAUUCAAACUUACAUUAUACAUCCCAAUUCUUCAAAUUCAAUUUAAGUGAUCCAAUCCAAGAAAUCUCCACAAACCAAACAAUCUUUAAGAUCGUUUACCACCUAUUAAAUAACCUCAAUUCCUCCUUGAGUGAAAUUAAAUACUUCACUAUGCUCGUUCAUGAAGGUGAUAACUCAAUGGAUGCCAAGUAUUUUGUUAGAAGUUGCUUACCAAUGAUAAUAAAUGAGAAAUAUUCAGUGUCUAGAGAUUCUCAAUUCAAAAUACCCAUUUCGUGGAUGGGUGUUUAUGGUAUGACAGAUAUUCCAUCUACUAUAGAGGAAGGUAUAUAUAUCUAA